CUGAUCUCUGAGAACAAAGUUGCAGAAGAACCUUGUGAAUGCGCAUCUGCUCAGCAGCCUCUCUGGAGUUUAAUAUUCUUAUGUGUUUCCUUUUCCUGUAUCAACACUUAUCGAAGUGUCAUCACCAGCUUCUCCUCUCCAAAAGAGGAACAAAGCGGAAAAAAAGCGUGAGGCUGCGAGGUGCGAGGACACUUGACAAGCCGUCGCCCCUCCAUCAACAUGUCCACCGCAAAGUGCUCCAACUUCAUUGCCGUCUCUCUGUACCCUCUGGUCUUCCUCUCCAUCGUCUGCAACAUCGUGCUCUUCUUCCCUGCCGGUGAGACCAGGUAUGUGAAGGAAGGCCUCAUCACCGUGGAGGUGAAGUACAUGGGUGGGGUGCUCGGCGGCGGCAUCGCGGUCUUCAUCGCCGCCCUCUUCAUCCACCUGACUGGACCAAACGGAUGCUGUGGGAAUCGUUUCGGGAUGUUCAUGUCCGUUGCGUUCGCCGGCCUGGGAUUGGCUGGCGGCAUCUACAGCUUCAUUGUGGCGGCAGUCGGAGUGUACAACGGGCCUCUGUGCCAGCAAGCCAACGGCGAGUGGACCUCCCCGUUCACACAGAGCGAGGGGCAGUACCUGAGAGACCACAGCGUGUGGGACACCUGCGUGAAGCCGCGCGGCAUCGUGCAGUUCAACCUGGGCUUGUUCAUCACCCUGAUGGUCAUCAGCGGUCUGCAGUGUCUGCUCUGCGCCAGUCAGGUGAUCAACGGGCUCAUCGGCUGCGUGUGUGGCGCCGGCACGGAGAAAAAGCCGAUUGCAUGAAGCCAGACUGCGAGGUGCAAACAGGCGCCAUCUGUUGGCGGGUUGGUGUAAACGCUCGAAGUAUUCUGGAUGCAGGAAGAAGUGCAGUCUUUACUCAUAAUUCCAUUCACAGAAAAAAAAAGAUUUCAUUUUGCAGCUUCAUUCAGAACAACUGACGCAUUUGUGAAAUAAAGUUUAUGUGGCAGGACUUUCCUGAUCUGCUCCGUGUUUUUUGGUCCACAUUAUCAGCCGCUGCAACUUGUGAAAACAAACUUGUCUAGUCGGAUGUAAACAAAAAAUAAAUAAAAAAGCAAAAAACAAGUGUAACUGGUGAAACACAAA